CUUUGGGCGUCCGCUAUAUUUUUGGGUUGUGAGUCAAACUUCUUUUGUGUAGUUCCCAGCCACGCUAUCAAUUCAGACAAUUGAAGUAACUCGCAGCAAUUAGACGUGUUUCAAAAUAACAAAUUAAAUCACAAAUUAACUCACAAUGUCCUUCGAUAAGCUAUUCUGGAGCAUGCUUGUACUCAACGUCAUCACAUUACUUACGGCCGCCACUGUAACCACUCGCAUCAUCCAGCCCAGGGAGACGAGCAGCUGUGAAGGUCGUCAGACUCCUGGACCCAUCUGCGAGUCCUGUGAACUGCUCGCCACCUGUGUCCAGCAUUCGAAUGGCUGGGUGAACAUACCCGUCGAGUCGUGUGAUGUGGCCAACGGUUACUAUUGCAACAUACGCCUGGGCACCUGCUCCAAUGCCACUGGACCAUGCCAUCCCUUUGGCAUCGAAGGCAACUUCCAGUGCACCUCACAAGGCAUCUUUCCCGAUCCCUACGAUUGCCAGAAAUACCACAUGUGCUAUUUCCUCGACAUUGUGCUCGUUGCGGCUGCCGUCGACUGUGGCAAUGACAGGGCAUUCGAUGCACGCACUGGUCAAUGUUCCCUCACCCUGGACAGCGCCGUAUGCACUCAGCCCCAAUACCAAUGUCCCCAUGUGGGCUACGUGGCAGCUUGGCCCAGCAAUCCGAACAUCUUCUACGUCUGCAAGUCGACGGUGAAUCAGAAUGCCGAGGACACUGUGGUCACCUAUCCAUCGCUGCAUCGCUGCAACGACGGCGAAAUCUUUUCGGACUACGUUUGUCGCCCCGGCAACAGUUCAUCGGUGGUGCCCACUCUUUCUCCAUCGAUUGAUCCCAAUGACAAUGGCUUCACUGUGAUGCCCGCCAGAUGCGAACAUGUCGGUUUGAUGGCCGACAGCGCCAAUUGUCGCAAGUAUUUCUUCUGCUCCACCAAGAAUGGACAACUGCAGCACCAGGAUUGCCCCGAUGGCACCUAUUUCCGACCCGAGCUCUCGUCUUGUGUGCUUGGCACGUGCUAAUUUAAGAGUUAAUUGCCAAUCUGUAUGUGUAAUGAACCAGUUGCCAUUAUCUUUUA